UCCCGCCCACACGCAUGAAGAAGACAAACAUGGCAGCUUCCACCGUCGGCAACCCGGACCUUUCAGCAUCUAUCGCUGGCAUUUUAAAUGAAAAACACUGCCCCGAACACUUGCUUGUUUUAAAAACAUUAACGUCUUCGCUACGGGACAAGGAGUACAGGGAUGCUGCAGAGAAGGAGGUGUUCUCCAGUCUUUUCAAGGUCUUAUCCCGACUGAAAGAUGAGCUGCAGGCUGCCAGCAGUGGCGAUGAGGAUGUGGAGUGUGACGCCAUGAGUCUGCAGUUAACUGCUGAGUGCUUCAGGGCUCAGAGAAACGCCUGCGUCCAGAGUACUCGCAACCAAAGUCUGCUCAGGGAUCUCGGCUUCAUUAAUGUUUCUCUUAAACUCCUGGACUUCCUCCAGACCAAAAAUUUGGAGAGUAGAGAUGGAAUAUUUGAACCUCUUCGUUGUGGGAUCCAGUUCCUUGGUAACUUAGCAGUUGGAAACCAAACGUGUCAAGAUGAAAUUUGGCAGCUCAGCUUCCCGAAUCUUCUCCUCCAGCUGCUCAGCGCUGAUGAUGAGAAAACGGUGAACUAUGCCUCCAUGGUUCUACACUCAUGUCUGGAUGAAGCCAAGGUGGAAGAAAUGUCUGAGCCACAGAACAUCCAGCUGGCACUCAGGGUGAUGGAGCUCUGUAGGACACAGCCUGAUCUGGACUGGACGGUUCUUAUUGCUACUCAGCAUUUCCUCAAGUCUUCAGCUCUAGUGGAGAGCAUGUACUCAGGGAUGUCUCACCAUGAAAGGGUGACUCUAUUAGAGCUGCUCUUUGCCCAGCUGAGAGAGGAGGACUCAGACGACUGUGGCGUCCCUCCCAGUGUGGCUCGCUUUCUGGCUGGGUCCUUCCAGAAAGGUUGCGGAGCCGUACUGACACUCGCAACUGGCUCCGCUUCCAGUGAUGAGGUCCUGCAGGAGGCGCUGACUGUGAUUAGUCUGCUGGAUGUGCUGUGUGAGAUGACCUCAGACCUCAAGCAGUUCAUGUUCCUACAGGACCAUCCAGAUCUGCUGGUGACCACUGUCGAGCUCCUGAAGCAGGUUCAUGCUAUCGGGAAGGCGAGUAAGAACAUCUUCAGUUCUGCUCAAAACUUCUCGUCCUUCAGUGGAGACGGAGACUCUUCCCCCGAAUCUCCUGUCAUCAGCUUCAAGGCCCACCUCGUCAGGCUGAUAGGAAACCUCUGUCACAGCAACCCCAACAACCAGAACAAGGUGAGAGAACUUGAAGGCAUCCCCCUCAUAUUGGACAACUGCAACAUCGACAGCAACAACCCGUUCAUCAGCCAGUGGGCGAUCUUUGCCAUCAGGAACCUCCUAGAACACAACGUGGCAAACCAAGAGCUGGUUGCCGCCCUGGAACGCCGUGGCACCACUGACUACUCUGCGCUCAAGGAGCUGGGUUUCCUGGUGGAGAAGCGAGAUGGAAGCUUGCUGCUCAAACCCGUGAGGAAGGACUCUUAGAUUAGAGGAGCAGCGAGAAGGGAGGAGGUCCUCAACCCGCAAGCAGGUUCUCAUGUGAAGUAUUUAUUUAGAGAGGAAUAAUGUACAUGUGCGUGAGCAUGUAGUCAUGCUACAAGCUUCAAUCAUUUUCAUUUCAAUUGAAGUUUCAUUUGCAGGUCUUUACACCUGUGCACUAAUAACAUAUGACUUGUGCCUGUUCAUUAUAAGUGACAGCCACACUGCCGAUAUAUCAAGCAAAAAAGUCCUUUUGAAUUAGUUAUUUUUAUCUGAGAAGUAUAUAGAGCUUACUUUUCUACCUCAGUAAUGCUUGCACUAAUGAUUCCCAUGAACGAACAACUAAGAUUGGGUGUAAGGUAUUCUUAAUACACAAAAGGCCCUUGGGGUCCCCCUGGUAUACAAGCAGGGGCUAUUGUUUAGUCCUGACCUGAGUCUGGGAAAUGAAGAGGUUGGUAAGGCGAGCACAUGCUGGUACCUUUUGGCAAGACUGCUGCAUAGUGGUUUAAUCCAAAGACAAAGAGCACCACAGUGUCUGUGGCUUUUCACUUUUCACAGACACUGGUGUUACCAGCAGGGGCUGGGGUUUUAAUCCCAGGCCCACAUUGACUUCUGCAGUAACCCCGAAACAGAGAAUGA